AUGGCUGUAACACCUGGAACGAAAUGUGAGCUGUGUGGAGCUGAGGGGAACAAGACCUACGUAUGUAAGGUAUGCGGGAAGACAAUCUGUGGCGACUGUUUGGCCAGUGGGAGAUUCAUUGGUACCAAGAAAUGCAAAGCUUGCACUGGAGACGCUAUAACUCCAACGAAGACUCCCAGCCCGCAGACCAAGGGCGAAACCGAUGGUAAAAGGAGCGUCAUCAUGGCGCCUUUCUCAAAGCUUGGUGAUGCAGCCAAAGCUGUUGGCCACAUUGGAAAGUCGGCCGUGAAAGAGACAGCUGGAGCGGUAGGGGCAGUGGGGUCGGCGGCCACUGGGGCGGUCGGGGCCGUGGGGUCGGUUGCCACUGGGGCGGUCGGAGAGGCCGCUAGCAUUGCAGGGGCUGGCAUCGGCAAAGUUGGACAGUUUACAAGACUAGUUGGUAGCUUUGAUUCUAACGAGGGAGGGGGCUUGCUGGAUAUGAAUGACCCCACACUGAAAUUCGGUUGGGACUUGUACGCUCUCCUCAACGUGACCAUCAUAGAGGCUUCGGGCCUGAAGGCCGCUGAUUCUAAUAUAGUUGGAAAGGCUACAAGCUCCGAUCCCUACUGUGUGGUCAAGCUCAUGAGCGACAACAUAUCACGACGCUCCCCGAUAUGUAAGAAGACGCUGUCCCCUGUAUGGAACCACGAGUGCUCUACUAUGGUCGUCAAUGUGCCCUGCCAAACUAUGAAGAUUCAGAUACAUGAGCUUUCCAAGAAGGUAUUCUUGGGUCUCCUUGGUGCCGGUGUGGUCCUAUGCUUCCUCCCAUUCUGGGUGUUGGUCAUGGCCGCUGGAGUUGGUAUUCUGUUGGCCAAUUCUCCCCUAAAGGGGCUUUUCAUCGGCCUUGCUAAAUACGCUGCCAGGUAG